CCCCCCCUUCCUCUCUCCCUAGCUAGCUCUAAUCAAUUCCCACCUUUCCCUAUUUGUUCGAUUAAGCUACCCUUCAUUUGUCUUUUUCCCCCAUCCCAUCUUUGACUAAAUUUUGCUACUCUUGAUCAUGUGAGGCUAGUUAGUUUUGGGUACUGGUAGAUAGUGUUGAGGUAGUUGCACUAUACGUUGAUAGAAAUAAUGAAGGAGAAUAUUGGUAGUCGAAAACAAGGGGCAGCGUCCCCUUGCGCUGCAUGCAAGCUCCUUCGCCGGAGGUGUGCUCACGAUUGUGUGUUUGCUCCUUACUUUCCGGCUGAUGAGCCGCAGAAGUUUGCUAGUGUGCAUAAGGUGUUUGGCGCUAGCAAUGUUAACAAGAUGUUGCAGGAGUUGCCCGUUCACCAACGGGGCGAUGCGGUUAAAUCCAUGGUUUACGAGGCAAACGCUAGAGUACGUGAUCCGGUAUACGGUUGUGUAGGGGCAAUAUCAUCAUUACAACAUCAGAUCGACGUUCUCCAGACCCAGUUAGCUCUAGCACAAGCCGAGGUUGUGCACAUGCGGAUGCGUGAAUUCUCUUCGAUUUCUAUUCCUCCGGCCACUAACUCACCGGAGAAUGACUCGCCGUCGCCCUCCUCCAAGCUCAUAACACCGUCUUCUCAGACCAAGUCCUUUUUUAACAUGGACAUGGUGGUUGAUCAUGCCAACAUGGGGGAUUCUUUAUGGUCAUGCUAGCUACCAAAAAAGGAGAGAGAAAAUUGCCAGCUUAAUUAGCGUGUCUUCCCUUUUUACGAUUACUAGCAAUCAUGAGCUUUAAUUCUUGAUUGUCUGCCACUUUACUACUGCUGCUUUUUUCCCCUUCACUCCUCCUUGUAUGGGGAGAAGCCUAUAUAUCUAGGGAUGCUGAUUAUAAUUAUCAACCAUAUUGUAUAUAAUAUCGAGAGCAUAUAAAUUAGUAUGAGUUUUUAUUA